GUUAGUGACACCUUAGCCCAUCAUGAUCAUAGCCUCGAUAUCUAUAGAACCAUAUUGCAGAAUACAAUAGGGCCGGACACUUUUUCCAGGGGGCAUUUGUUACUGUUACACCGGCAAUUUUCUAAGCGGGCGCACUGGAGUUGACCUUCUGACUUUACUUUCAAACGACGUAACAACAGCAAAAUUUUGCAAAAUUUCCUUCAUUCCUUGCCGAUUUAAUUGUUACUUCAAAGAUUUGCUGUUCAAUUAUUCGACAAACCUACCUUUUGUCGGAAUGAUGUAGUGAGAGUGAGCCAUGGCAAGUUAUGAUGAAGAUGUUUUAGAGAAUAAGUUCUUUUUGUCGCUGCAGAACAAGUGUCCGGAACUUUUUGAGACCGCUUCGAACAAUAGGUGGAUUAUCUGUGUCCCCCGCAGCAGUAGUGGUGGUAAAUAUGUCUACACUGACAUUGACUUCCAGAAUCAUGUCCUUAUCCCGCCGGAAGAUGAGGACUCGAAUAGAUAUAGGACAGUCAACAGCAGGGAGGUUGAGAUCCAGGCCAAUACUAUCACAACUGGUGCGGGCUUUUCAGAAGUGAGAGCGGUGCGGAUUCUCUUUGAAGAGACGUUCUUCAACAAGAAUGAUGAGAGCUACAGGGUGCUGUGUAUAGCUUCAAUACUUGAAGGAGGAAUAGCGAAAGCAGACGGGCCUGUUCCGGCAGCCUCUUUACACUCGAUUGAUGAUUGUAAGGAGUUAUUAUGGGGACACACGGAGAACAGAAGAACACAGAAGCAUUUGGAUGAAACGAUAGAGCUCUUCAACCGUUCAUGUGAUAGACUACAGGGAGAAUCGUUGAUUCAUUAUGUGGAUGCUGCCCAUGCAAUGUUUACUAGAGCUAUGCAAAGUGUUCAAAAGGAUAAUUUUAUUAAAAAGACUGCAAGAAACAACAAGGCCUAUUUGGACAGUUUGAAAAUUGCGGUGGAGACCUACGUUAUGCAUGGUGUUUAUAGAAAAGUAUUCAAAGGGAUCUCUGCCUGCGUGUCUACCAAGGAUGCUAAAUUGAAUAAACUCACGAGAAAUUUGGCACAACUUCAGCUGCGAGAUCUCGGCGUCAGACCAGAAUUUUGCAUUAACAUUCCAAGGGCUAAACGGGAACUCUCCAACCUGACCAGAUACAGCACCCCCCUUGGCAAGCUGUUCUGUAUACGGCGUGUCAUCAUGGCCCUGAUGCAACCAUCAAAAGCUGUGAAACAAAAAGAAGCACAAGAAACUCCUGUGAUGACCACUGAUGAUUUGUUACCAAUCCUCAUCUUCAUGGUGAUCAAGUCACAGAUACCCAACUGGUCAGCUCAUCUCACCUUCAUGAACCACUUCAGGUUUUCCAAGUCAAAUAACGAUGAUGAAUUUGGUUACUACUUGGCCACCAUUGAAGCUGCCAUUGAACACAUUUUGAGUGGACAACUCAAUUCCAUAGAGCCUGGUUCUUCGACCCCCCACAAAAUGACAUUCACCUUGAGUUCAGUUGGUGCUGGAGCGACGCAAAGACAGGACUCUACAGCAGAGGGCAGCUCUAUUGGCACUCUUUUCGAGUUCAUUCGUGAAGGCAAUGAAGAGGCUGUCAAGGCUCUGAUCACCAAGAAUCAAGAGCAGUCGAAUGAAGCCAAGCUGAAGCUCUGCCAUCCAUUGUGUUCAUGCGACGCUUGUGAGAAAAUCCUUUCAAGAAGUCGGAGCGAUUCUGCAGCAGUUACAGCAUUUUCUAGAGACGACCGAGGUUGCACAUCGCUUCACAUUGCUUCCAUGUAUGGUCACGCCGGCAUCAUGGACAUCUUGGUGUCAAAAGGGGCUGUUGUCAAUGCUACUGACUACCAUGGUUCAACGCCAGUACACAUUGCCUGUCAGAGAGGUCACCAGAAUGUCACGCUGAUGCUCCUGCACUACCAUGCCGAUAUCAACCCAGUGGACAACGAUGGGAAUACACCACUUCACAUGUGUACUGCCAAUGGACAUGAUGAUUGUGUGAAGGCUUUAGUUUACUAUGACCAGGGUACCCACCGUCUCGAUGUGAAUGCGGCUAACGAUUAUGGUGACACUCCACUGCAUUUAGCUGCAAAGUGGGGCUAUGAAAAUAUCAUUGAGAUCCUACUGGAGAACGGUGCAUCAGUGGAAGCAAGAAAUCGCAAGAAGCUGACGCCAAUCAACUGUGCGCACAAUGUCAAGGUCACAAAACUCUUAAUGAUAGUCGCCGCGGCGCAAGACGACCGCCAUGAAAAGAUUAGGGUAGAUGUUCAUGGAUCGGCGACCCUAGCCAAGAGACGCAUCAGUGUUGAGGACUUGAUUAAAGCGGGGAAACUUCAAAGGAGGUCAUCUCUCGGGACGACGUCUCCACCACGCCAACCUCCGACUCCCACCAAAAAGACAAAAGUAGAGAAAUUACUUCGGGCAGUUUCCGAUGGAGAUACUGAAAUGGUGAAAUUCAUAUGCGGUUGGAGUAACUUGUCAGAUGAUGAAGACGACGUUCCUAUUGGAGGGCGGGAACUGUGCCAUCCCCUCUGCCAGUGUGAAAAUUGUCAGCCUCUGCAAAAGCAUGCGGUGUCGUCGCUCAAUGAUGUGUCAGCCAACAGUACCAACAAUGAUGGCUUCAGUCCGCUUCACGUAGCCGCGCUCCACGGCCACGAUAAUCUGGUCAAUCUGUUCCUGCGCAAGGGCGCCCAGGUUAACGCCCGCAGCAAAACGCAACACGCCACUGCCUUACAUCUUGCAUCACAGUAUAACAGACCAAAGAUUGUCGAGGUGCUGUUGAAGUUUGGUGCUAAGGUGAAUCAGAGAGAUGCAAGAGGGAACACACCACUUCAUUUCUGUGCCAUGAAUGGAUGUACGGAGGCUGCACAUUACAUUCUCCAGUACGGUGGAAGUGUGAACCAGACAAAUCAAAAGGGAAAUACGCCCCUUCACGAAGCAGCUCGAUGGAACUACAAUAACAUGGUGAAGAUACUUCUUCAGCAUGGAGCGUCUGUCCUGUGUCGCAACAAGCAACAGCUUACAGCUCUACAGCUAGCACAGAAUGAUGACAUUGUCAACACCUUGGACAAGGCAAUGGUUGAUGAACUGAAUGCAGCUGAUGAGUUAGAGGAGACUGGGAAAGAGCACGCAGAUGACCAGCAACAAUCACCAGCAGGUGAACAAGAAAACCAAGAUAGUGAUUCAGUGAUACGGACGCUAUUCAACGCCUUAGAACAGAGAGACUUGCAGCAUUUGCGUGAUAUUGGGACGUCAAUUCGUUCGUUCGAUCGACGGCAGAGCUUGCGUCAUACGUUGACCCGAGAUCGCAGCGCCCCAAGAUUGGACAAUCAUUUACUUCACCAGCUGUCAAUAAUCAAUUUCGACCCUGCCACUUUACGGCACGUACCCACUGCCGACAGGAGCACGCCCCUGGUGACAGUUUCUAAAGAUGGAACUAUUGAGUUGGAUCCAGGAAGAUUUUUGCAUCGUGCGGACAAUAAAAUUCAGUCGGUGCGUUCGCCAGUUGAAAUGAGCGAUAUGGCAGCCAAACUUUUGAUAACGGAUGCAAGCCCAAUGACUUCAUCUCCACCUGGAUCGCCAACAGAGUCAGACGUGAAGUUUACGCUGAAUAGGGUGCAUUAUCAUUGUGAGAAGCGGGCGAAGAAAGUGGACAAUGACGAGAAUUCCAACACGGAGAGCGCAGAGGAGUGCGGAUGACGCCUUCAGAGGAGUGCGGAUGAAGAGUGGAGGGGAGCAGAGGGCAACUCUCCAGGAUCGCAAGGAAACUGGUUAACUCAAAAUGAGGUCAAGUAAAUUUCAGUACCUAAUGGUCUUGGUAAAGCCAUUAUUUGUGCCUUUAGAGCAAGGAAGGUUGCAACACCUUAAAGGAGGAUUUGAUUAGUGUUAAUUACAUUCCUCGCCCAUGACUUUUGUACAAAUGUAAAGUUACCCCCAAGGUUUAAAUUUUCCUGUGAAAUUAGCAAAAUGCUUUUCAAGUUUUAGUUUCAUUUAGCUUGCAUUUACUGUAUAGCUGUCCUCAGAGGCACCCGAGUUUGCAGCUUAUUCUGUAUCAAAUAUAUAAUUGUAGAUAGGUCAGUAUAAAUCCAUGUAGUCUCCAAGCAUUUGACUCUCUGAAAGAGCAUAAGGAAUCUGGUCUUUUGGCCAAAAGAUCGUGUAAAAUAGCUAAUUGGCUUGUGCAAAUGUGGCCUGAUUAGCAUUAAGCUUGCCAGCAAUGAAAUCUGUAUUUAGUUAUAAGGUAAAGUGGUGCAUUUAGCCCUUAUACAGUGAUACAUUUAGUACUCAUCAAUGCAUACAAAGACUUGAGUUGUACGGGGGCUUUAAAAUAGUUGUACCACCUUACCUAUAUUGGUGUCUCCUUUCAGUAAACAUUACUCAUACAAGGGGGAUGGAGUAGAGAUUCUGUCUCUUUCGAGGCUAUUGCUCUUGUUGUAACUAUGUAUAUAUUGAACAUGUAAAUACUACAGAAGAUUAAAAUGUGGAAGUGUUUUCACAGUGUUCGAAACACACCCUAUCAAGGUAUUUAUACAUCAAAUUGUCUAAGUUAAUGUAAAUGUAAGAUAAUCACUGCUAGAUCCGGUAUUGUCACACAGCCAGUCUUCUUUAUACUUUCUUCUGACCUCUGAAACAUUUGAUAUCGAUAGUAGGCUAGUGCCCCAGCACUUCUAUCAGUAGACAAUUGACAAUAGCCAAUAGAUAGUAGAAGUAAUGGUGUUGUGACCUUAGGGUCUUUCCCCGGUUUAAAUGGAAUUAGUCACAGAGCACAUGUAAGUGGGGUGUGGCAACCAAAAAAUAAGUGAGCGUGAAAAUAAUAGCUAAGUCAUUUAGAUGUUGGUGAACUGGUCUGAAGUUGGUGAAUUCAGGAUCAGGUCUUAUGAUUACACAUUUCCAGUUUGCAGGAAUAAGUUGACUAGCAAAGCUUUAGUGCUAGACUUAAAUAUAAAUAUAACCUGGUGUUAAUUAAGUGAUUAAAUGUUGCAUUGGUUGAAUAAUUAACUGAGAUCAAAGCAUUUGAGGGAGCUGUUGCAAAAUGUUGUUAUCUGGAUGUACACAAACUUCAAAAUGUCUUUCAUGUAAUUUUGUUUCUGCUAUAUUGAUAGUGCAAUGUUGUUAUAUGUUUUCUGUGCUAGCAAAUGUAGACUUUAUUUAGUACAAGAAGUCUAAAAAACGUCAAAGGUAUGUAGACUUUGUUGGAAUAAUUGUGGUGGAGUUUGAUGAAAUACAUACUUGUCGUACCAGUAUGUUGUUUUAUGUGCUCUUAAUGAGCUGAAAGGUAAGUUAUUUGGCACUCAGGUGGAAGAGACUCUAGUGCCUUAUUUAUGAUUGUUGUAUAAUUAUUGUAUUAUUAGCAAUAUCUGAAAGGUGUUCAGGCUGUAAAAUAAAACUUCAAGUUAAGUGCACUGUGGUGAUGUACACGAUGUUAUCAUUCACAUAGAAGAAUAUCUGUUCAGUGGAAGCAAAAUCAAACAAAUGUUGAAUCAAAAGACUUUAUCAGCUUGGUUUAUAUGGAUGACAGCCUUCGUGUUAGGCCAAAAUAUUCGGAGAACAUUUCAAACUGCUUUGUGAUAAGAUAAUAACUUUACACGACUUCAAACUGAUGUUCUUUGUACCCUGUUUAUGCUGUCCCCUGAAUAUCGACGUAGAAGUAGGCCCUUCAUUGUCAAUUGAUUGAUUCCAUUAGUUUGAUCUUGCCAAAUGAUUUUAGGUAACAAACGAUUGAUAGAUUGGUACCUGAUCAGCUCACUAGAUGGCAGGAUAAAAUGAGUAGACAGGUGAUGCCUGCCAUCUUUUUCAUCUGAAAUAGAGACAGUGUACACGUUGACCUUGACAUGCUUUGAAGUCCAAGUAUUCAAGGCAUUUUUGUAAAGCAAGAAAUAAAAACAAGUGGCCUAACUAUGAAACAUCCUCACUGUUUUGAUGCAUUAGAGGCAAUGUAUGGGAGGCAGUUUACUUGCAUAUUGUUAAUAAGAUAUAUGAAGGUUUUUUGUUAUCUGAUGUACAUGUAAUACAAUAAUAGAAGAUAUAUGUAAAUAUUUAUAGAAGUUGUAAAUAUUGAGUGUAUCUACUGCUAAUUAUAAUUGGACUUUGUAAAUCUGUGAUGUAUUAGAAAUAUCUGUUUCAAUAAAGACAGGGAACUGUUGAUUCUAAAAUAAAUGUCA